AAAGGUGUAUGUGAAAAAUAAUGAGAGUAUGUCAGGUCAGGCUGCCACACAUGAUUAUAGAGUACCUGCUGGUGCACCUCCACUGGACAACAAUAUGGAACUGAUAACUACAAAAGCUGGUGAUCACAAGCCCUCACAGCAAACAAUCACAGUAGAGAUUAACACAAGUUUCUUCAAAAAUGAUUUGAAUGGAAAACAAGUUUUCUUUGGAAUUGCAGUAUGUGAAAAAUCUAAAUGUGCAGGCCAAGGAACAGUGAAAAGUGAAUGGGAAGGUUUACCAAACUGGCAUGAAGCCAGUAAAUCAGGAUUUCCAUUAUAUAGAGUCACUAAUGAAACGUAUAUGGAAAAUAUCAGGAAUGCAGGAUCCAGGAGAAAAAGAUCCACAUCAUCUGAAUUUAUCAUCGGAAAAGAUACCACUUGUCCAUCACUGGAUAGUAGUGUGUACUGUAAUGGCCCUCUUAAUCCUGGACAGUCAUACAGUGUGAUUGUAUUUGCCUGUACAAAUGGAGGAUGCACACAUUCAUAUCCAAGUGGGCCAUACAACACACUUGUAAUCGUUGUGGAGUCUGAAUUUCCUGUUGGAGGUGUUGUAGGAGGAGUGGUAGCUGUUGUUGCUGCAGUUUUGGUCAUCAUUUUAGCAUCAAUUGUUGUUAGAAAACGAAGGUUGGGUAAAACUACCAAGCAUACAGAAUUGGAAAAUAUUGUUGAUAUUGAAGACUCAGUCCCUAAAAAUAUACCUAGAAAGAGACCAAUACGAUUAAGGGAGCUUGCAGACAAGGUGGCAGAGAAACACAAGGACAGCAAUCUUUAUUUUGCACGAGAGUACGAGGAUCUUAAAGCACUGAGUGCCAAACACGCCACAGAGACGUCAGAGACAGACAGCAACAAGCUCAAAAACAGAUAUGUCAAUAUUCUACCAUUUGAUGUGACUCGAGUGAAGUUACAGUUGACUGAAGAUGAUGAUCCAUCCACAGAUUUCAUCAAUGCCAAUUAUUUACCUGGCUACAAGUCAGAGAGAGAGUACAUCGCCACUCAGGGCCCCAUUCCUGGAACUAUUGAUGAUUUUUGGAGAAUGAUCUGGGAACAGAAUGUUUCCAUCAUUGUCAUGUUAACCCUCUGUAAAGAGGAGGGCAGGGUGAAAUGUGAGAUGUACUGGCCAGAAAAUGUCAAAGAACCAAAACAGUAUGGGGAUUUAGUGGUGGAGACUGUCUCAUGUUCCACUGUCAACUUCUAUGACUUCAGAAUCUUCAAGAUUAAAUUGGGAGAUACUACACGCACUUUGAAACAUUUCCAUUUCCUACAGUGGAAGGAUUUUUCAGCAAAUGUUCAGAAUGAUGUCAUGAUUGAUUUCAUCAAAAAUGUGAGAAACCACAUUCGUCCUCCAGACAUGAAUGGUCCAGUGGUGGUCCACUGCAGUGCUGGAGUUGGGAGGACAGGGACAUACUGUGCUCUGGAUCACCUUUUCCAGGUCAUUGAUGACCAUGACCUUGAUCACUCCAUUGACAUAUUUGACCUUGUUCUGAAUCUCAGAGAGCACCGCAUGUUCAUGGUCCAGACAGAGCAACAAUAUGUUUUUAUCCAUGAUUGUGUUCGAGAUUACGUGGAGAGAAAGAGAAAAGAAAUGCAAGGAGAUCUUCUCUAUGAAAAUGUUAACAGAGCAUUUGUUGCUGAUGACCCUAUAGAGGAAUCAAUGUAUCAAAACUACAGCAACCAGAGAACAGACUUGUAGAGGGAGAUAAAUCCUGUGUCUCAAAGGGACAUCACUCCCACUACAUUCUCAACAUUUGUGCUUCCAACAGGAGAUAAUUUUACAAAAUCGACUAUUUUAUCUUUAGUAUACUUCAUGAUUGUUUACAAAUCAUUCUAUUCAGUACAAUCAUAAAUUAUAUUUUGACUGUGAUCAACAUUCCUCUUUGUGAUUAAGUGUGAUUUCACUUGACCUUUCAUUCUUUUGAAAAAAAGAGGCCUAUUUAUAUGUUUAAGAUACUUCUAUUGUUCAUUACAACAUUGUGAACUCUUGCAUUCUAAACUAGGCAGUGUGGUAUGUCUGUAUAUUUCAUGAAACAUGUCAGUGACAUUGAUGCUGUAUUUUCUUCAAGCUCAUGGAAACAAAAGGGCUUUCUUUUAUGAAUUUAUUUUGAACGUUUUAAAAUAUUAUGCUGAAAACUAUACAUAUAUUUUUCUUAAGUAUUAGAACAGCUUGUGAUGAGUUGAAUUUAAAAUUGCAACGAAAUCUUUCUGAUUUUACAAAUGUCAUCAGUUGCCAAACAAGUGAACUGCAUUCAAAUAUAUUUCAUUUUAUACACAGAAAUUAGAAAACAGUAUAUUAGUAUAGUUAAACAUAUACAGGUAUAUAAAAUUAUAAUUUACAUAUUUUUAUAACUAACCAGAAUACUUAUUAUUAAUAGAAAAAGGCCAUCUAUGUACAAGUAACAAAAAAUGAGGUUUGAAGUGUAUGUUUGUUUAAAUUAAUGUGCUGAAGAAAGGUGGAUGGGAAAUUUCUUAAUUGUAUAUCUUUUUGGUUACUAUAAAUCACUUUUUAUUCACGAGAACUUUAUUUCUGCAUAAUUACGCUAGACUGCCUGCUCACGAAAAUUUAAUUCACACUUAUAUUUCAAGUACUAAAAAAUAUAUCGAACAAUAUUCAGCAUUCGUGAAAAUUAUGUUUCGCUUAUAAAUACCAAAUGAUCAUCUCGGGAAUAUAAGGUGUCGCGAAAAUUUGGUGAUCUACAGUACUUUAGCCUUUUUUUCACAUGGAAAGGAAGAAAUAAUUAUAUUUUUCAAGCACAUUUACAUGUACAUUCUGCUUCUUAUGCACUCAUGUGAUUUUUUAAUCAAGAAGUCCUGAUUUACUGGUGCAAUUGUCAAAUAGGGAGAAUUCUACUUAUAAAUGCCUUACAUCAAUUUGUCCAUUUUACAUGUAUAAAUAUUUAGUCAAUCAUUGAUGUUAAUUUUCUUUGUUUAGAAAAAAAACAUUCCUUUCAAGCCCAUUUAAUUUACAGGUCAAAUAGUAAUUUUAACAUCUAUACUAAUACAUAGUUUAUAUGUAAAUACAUUUUAGUACAGUAUUGGCAUAAUAUACAUUUUUGGAAUUUACUAUAUUUUGAGAAAUAUAUUUUAAAUUGUAUGAAUUAGACUCUGGAUGCCUUGUGCCAUUGGAGGCCAUAUAUUGUAUACAUUCCAUUUUACCUGUUCUCAUUUUCUGUUCUCUUUUUUUGGACCAAAGAGUCUGAUGCCAGUUUGAAAGUUGUUUAUUUUAUUAAGACCUAGAUUAUAUUUUGGUAAAUAUAUAUUUUGUUAUUUGUGAGGUGCACUUAAAGCCUCAUAUAAAUUGAAUCAAAUUUGUGUUAGUGAAUUUUUUUCCUAUAUGUUUUGACCAAAUUUAAUUUCAUGUCAGAUUAAGUGUGUAUAUUAUCAGGAUCUGGUUUAUUUAUUAUUUUUUGUGGUAUGUCAUUCGUAAGCUGCACUAAAACUUAAAUGAAUCAAAUUUGUGUUAGUGAAAUAUCACAAUAGCUUUAAUCAGUGCAUAUUGUUUAUUAAAAAUUUUAUAUCUACAUUUGUUUUUUGUGAAUAUAGAGGUUAUUUGAUUAUAGAACUAUAUUGAUAAGGUAUUUUAAUCUUAAUUAUUAAUAUUGAUGAUACUAUAUUUUUUGCCUUUUAAUUAUAUAAAGUAUGUUGCUGUAUAUUAUUAUUAGGUUGUGAAAAAUUUAUUUCUUUGUUCU